AUGAUGGCGACAGUGUGCCGCGCUGUGUGUGUGUUGGCCGCUGCUCUGUGCUGCACGGCCUUCUGCGUGACGGCUGCUGCUGCUGCUGAUACUGCUGCUGCGCCUUCCACAGGUGUUGUGGCUGCUGUGUCUGACGUGUCGGCGAAGGAGACAGACGUCAGCGCAAAGAAGAAGGUCGUGGAUGCCGCAAGUAAAGCGGGGGAUGCAGCAAUUUCUUUUAAAGCUGCACUGCGUGAUGUGCAGACUGCACAGGUGGGGGCGAAGAAGGCAGCGGAGGACGCAAGGGGUAUUCUGACGGGAGGCGCCAAAGAGGCAGCGAGGCUUGGCAAGCAGGCUUUGGUCAAAACGAUUGCUGCUGUAACGUUGCUGAAGGAUCUUGUACCUGCUGAUUCGACGCCUUCGGUUUUGGAGCCGUCACAGAAGGAGGAAAAGGCAACGGAGGCACAGAAGUCCGCUAAAGAGGCCACGGAACUUGCUGAAUGGGCUGUAACGAACGCUACGAAGGCAGUGAUGGACUCUGACAUUCUCGUUAAACAGGUGGAGACAGAGGAACAGAAAGUGAAGGCAGCCAUGGGGAAAGCUAAGGAAGCGGCGGCGAGUAUACCGGGAGAGGCGCAGAAAGUUGUGGCUGCGGUUGAAGGUGCCAAUAAAAAAGUGACGACGGCAAGUGCUGCUGUGGAUACAUACAUCAAAAAGCUUGAAGGUAAAAAUAGAGCAGUAAAGGAUAUUCUUAAUGGAAUGAAAACAGAACUUAGUGCAGCAAAAAAAGCGGAAGAAUUGGCCACGACGGCUAAAUUGAGUGAGAAGAAAGAGGUUAUAGGAACUGAACACAAAGCGCUCGAACAGGCUCGUGAUGGGAUGGAAACUGCCUUGAAAGGAUUGGAAACAAAGACAGAGGCGAUAUUUCUGUCGACUCAGGAAACCGAAAACGAAGCUAACGAGCCUAUGGCCCUCCUGCAGGCUGCAAUAAAGCAUGCCGAUAAAGCAGUAGAGUUGGCUAACGCUGAGAAAUCAACCGCUGAAGCGGCGUUGCUGCAAGCCAACAAGGAGCUGGAAGCCGCUAAGAAGAAACAGAAGGAAAUGGAAAAGCAGGGUCAGGAGAAACCAACAGAGGAGAUUCUGGAAAACGAAGUGAGUGAAAGGGACGGAGAGAAAGGACUCAACCGUCCCCAUCAACCCGACACCACUGAUGGCACUACGACUCCUCCUGCUGGUGCGUUGUUGCCUAAGACCGAUGGCACUGCGGAUGGCGAGACGCCUCUUGCUCAGCACACAGAUGGCAGCAGUGCUGCUUGGGUGCGUGCCCUACUGAUGCUGCUGCUGGCCUGUGUGGCUGUGUGA